AUGGAUGUUCAGGCUUUGGCCAACAGGUUCGUGACGUUGGAUAUUUCGGAGCCUAGCAGGAUUCUUGCUUGCAUUGUAUCUCAUUCAUCCUUUCUUGAGCGCAUCAAGGUGCGUCAAUAUGAUAAUUCCCACUUGCUUGUCAUUAGGGACACAAUGCAGCACAGUGAAGUUAAGGAGGUGACUAUUAGUGAUGAUGGGGUAUUGAGGCUUCAGUGUUGGAUAUGUGUUCCCAAUGUGGAUGGCUUGAGAAAGUUGAUUCUUAAGGAGGCUUAUAGAUUAUGGUAUUCCAUUCACCUAGGCACUACAAAGAUGUACCGUGAUUUGAAGCAGCAUAAUUGGUGGAAAAGGACGAAGAAAGACAUUGUUGAGCAUGUUUUAUGGUGUUUGAACUGUCAACAGAAAAUGAAGCACAAAAUCUCCAGGUUCGGUAUGGUCCAGAAUAUCCUCCCUCUGCUACUUGACUGGUGGAAAGAGCUUGAGCCUUGUGACAAGAAUUAUGUGAAGAGAGUACUUGGUGACCUACCAUCUUUGCUGAAUAUUCAACCAAAUAGGGAAUUGACCGAGGCCGCUACCAUAUUCUAG